AUGAACUGUGAAGACGAAAAGGAAAAAAUUAACAACUCUGUGACGCCUUACACGGGCGAAAAGAGGAGCGAAAAUAAACUGCCCUUUUUCAACGGAUUUGAUGACUUCAAAAUUGAUUAUUCCUUCCACAAAAAAAAAAAGUCUACUCCUGGUGCAAUAAAAAACUCAUUAAACGAUGGGAAUGAUAGCAGCUGGGAUGAUAAAAAAAACGAUUUAAAAAAGUUGAUUCAAAUUAUAAACCAUAAUUACAUCGAUAAACAUUUUUAUUUUAAAAAAUUAAGCAUUCAUGAUUUGUACAAAAUAUUUGUCUACUCAAAUUUUUUAACAAAGUCAUUAAUUUUAUAUCCUUCUUUGAUUCCUCAUUUUGAAAUCAUUAUCGAGAAGGUGAAAAAAAUAAAAAACGAAGCUACCCUAUCAGGAGUCGAGGAUGACCAUUUUGUGUUCCCACCCCUCGACUCACCCCCCCCCGAGGGUCAUCGACUUGGGGAGAGCAGCUUCAUUCAAAAUGGCACCUUUAGCAGUGGUCCCGUUAAAAAUGAAAUAAAUGAGGGGAAAAAUGCCACACAAACCUCGGAAAAGAAAGCCCUUCUUGUGGGCAUCGGAAAGGAUUUCACCUCAAGGAACAGUUUAAUAUCCCUUCAAUUAGACGAAAUACAAAACGACAUUGCGAAAGGUGAGAACGAACGAGGAAACCAUUCAUAUCACACAAGAUAUAACCGUAAGGGGGAACCUACCUAUGCGGGCAACACAAAUUGUGACAAAAUAAACAAUGGAUCCUUCGCCGACCUUGACGUUAUAGAUAAAAAAAAUUCCAACUGUAAUUACAACAGACAUUUAAUAGAACAAAAGGAAGACACACACCUCUUUCCAUAUGAGGGUCCGUCUAAUUAUGCACCUAAAAAUGGAGAUAUACAAAAUGUUUCUCACAACACUAAAGCAAACGUGAAGAGCCCAUAUGCUAUCCAUCAUAACCACACGAAGAAUGCCAACUGUGAGUACGACCAGAAUAAUAGAAAUAAUGCCAUAGGUAGAGAGAAUCCUAGCGUGUCCAUUCCAUCAGUUGAUAAAAAUGUUCGUGUUUAUAAGAACAUAAAUGAAUAUGACAUAAUCGAGCUCAAAAUAAGCGCUUCUUUUAACAACAAAUAUAUAUGUCGCUAUAUAGGCAUCCACAGCGGAAUGACGUUAUACAACAUACACAGAUGCAUCUGCAUAUGUUUGGGAGUCAAAAAGGAAGACACAGAUAAUUACUUGCACGUUUUUAUAUUAAACAAUGGAAACAUUUAUGGGAGCGGAAAAAAAUGCAGCGUUAGCAUCAUCAGGAAAAUUCAGAUAAACACAGAUCGGCACAUUACCUUCAAGCACAUAGUCAAGACCCCACUGUAUCUGUACAAGGCAAAGGACGCAAGUAAAAACAACUUUUGUAACAAUUUUUCCGUCAACAGCGCGAAUACGUUCGAUGAUAAGGCCUGUGCAAAUGGGGGGAGUCAGUAUGGCGCAGAGAGCAAUCCAAACGAGGGGAUACACAGCGAAAAUGAGAGCAGUCAAAAUAGUGGCGAUCCAAGCGAAAACAAUCAGCAUGAUAGCAACCCAAACAGUUAUGACCAACGCAUCGGUGAUGCCAAUCUGUACAACUCAGACCCCCCCAACAGAAACAUGGGCGCCAAUAUCAACCAAAUGGAUUUUUCAACCUUUGGGCAAUCCAGGAAUAGCCAAGCAUUUGUAGAAUCAAAUGCAAUGCCUAACUAUGAUAUGCUGAACACAGUAGACAGUGUAGCAGAGAUGAACCAUUGCAAUGUUAGUACACCCACAUUAGGUUUCAUUGGUAAGGAAAACAAGUUUUCGAACUUAAUCAACUCACCAAGCAGCUUUUACAAUCAUGUGAAUACUAAGGCACCUUACAACGUUAGCAAUAAUAUUAGCAAUAACGGAAGGAGUAUGUGCGGCGAGAAUCUAAACAGGGCGGCAUGUAACAGGAUCAUGCACAUUAGCCACAGUAGCCAACUAAGUGAGACACUUACAGUGGAAUAUCUCCGUAAAAGCGGAGUCGCCAAAAUAAAUAGUGGCCAUGCGAACGGUGGUAGCGUAAAUACCACCUGCCUCUACGACCCAAGCGAAAAUAACAUCAACUUAAGUAACUUCCCUAUUCAGACCAAGAAUACGAAAACUAACGAAGAAACAAAUAAUUUACGCUUGAAGGAAGACUCAAAUAAUUCCUCCUUGAACGAAUACCACUCCGACUGGAAACAAAAAGAUGGUCUAGAAGUAAGUGAAAAUAAGGAAUGCUAUGUGAAGCAUCCACCUUCGCGUGAAAACUACGCAGGAGAGGAUGCUCAAGAAAUGGAUGAUGACGCCACUGCUGAAGAUGAUUACAAAAGGGAAAAAUGCAAAAAGAGACAAUAUCACAAAAAUUGGCACGAUCAAAAUGGAAGCCAUAUUACCCCCCAAAACGGCAGCCCUUUGCUCAGUAACGAAUCUACCCAUGCAGGCACAAUCCAAGCAGACACAAUCCAAGCAGGCACAAUCCAAGCAGGCACAAUCCAAGCAGACACAAUCCAAGCAGGCACAAUCCAAGCAGACGCGACUCAUACACACGAGCAACAUCUAAACAUGUCGUGCGAAGAAUCACACAAUGUAUUAUCUCCCAAAACUGGUAGAGACACUUGUUACCUUUACACGAAUACCCAGGAAGAAAAACCAAGCUGCAUGUUUAACACAAUUUCGAGUGACGGCAACUCAUACAAGAAUGCCAUGUCUACCAUCUCACCUACAAAAAGUGAUCGCCCUUUCCAUGCCUCCAAUAAUUACAGAUUCAGCGCACAACAGAAUAGUACCCACAGUUAUCAUCCCAAUGGAAUGAAAACACCUGAACAGCAUGAAUUCGAAAAUGAGGAGCCACAGUCAAAUUAUCCUUAUUCUAUAAAUCUGUCACCCCAGUUUAGUGCCCAUAUGAAAUUCAAUCCCGCACUUAGCAUGCACAAUUUGGAUGAAAAAAAUGGGAUACAAAGUAGGCAGAUCAUGUACAAUACAGGCUAUCAAACAAUUGAUGUUAACUGCCAAAAUGCUGAUCCCUCGACCUCUUUUUUCUAUCCCACCAGUGUUCUUCCCGACUAUCCCUACAACCUAAAUGGGUUAAAUACUCCAAAUUAUUUCUUUUACAAAAACGGAAAUGACCUCACUGUUCAUGCUAAGAAUUCGCUACCCCCCUACAGCUACAACGAUUCCAUGCACAAUGAAGGGAACCACAUGGAGUAUCAAAAUGUGAUGAACAACAACUUUAUUGAGAGAGACAUUUCCCAUGUUAACAGUCCAAAUUGGUACAUCCCAUAUGAUCAUUUGUCCCAAUCAAACAAUGCCACAUAUGCAAAUAGAUCCACAACGAGCUCCUACAUGGACAACUCAUUUGCAGCUUCUCCACUUGAUGACACUGUCAAUCCCCAUCCGGCAAAACAAUACUGGGGUAAUAUGAAAUAUGAAUCCGUCGAUUCAUCUAAGAGCUGCAAAAAUAAAGACCAAUCAGAAAAUUUGGAACAAAUAAAACAGAAUCACGUUGCUGAAUGUGGUGGUAUCACACAUGCAGAGGAUAACGCCAUGACAAAUAUACCACGAAAUAGCGCUAGAGACAUGACUGAAAAUUAUCCCCCCUGGGAAAAUUACAAUUCCACAUCUAUGACGCAUCUAAGAACCCAUUUGAACAGCGAAAUGGAAAGUCAAGAAAAUCUUCCUGAGGUCCUAAAAAAAACAACUAAAAUAUUGGGGAACGAGUCGCCCCCAAAUUGUGUUGAACCAGACGCCUUACAACGUCAUCCAAGUGGGAGUACCCCUGAGGAAGGCGAAUCGAAUCGAACAAACGAAAGUAUCGCAAAAUAUUGCAUAAGAAAGGAAGAUUCAUGUAGAGAAAAAUACCCUUUGGAAGAUGCAAAAAUCUACAAGGACGUACAAAGUGGAAGCAACCCCGAAGGUAGUAAAGAAGAAAUGAAUGACAGAGAAAAGAUCGGAAGGAACAGCGAAGCACAUCAAGAUGACGCAGAGGAACUUAAAAAAGGGCAACUGAAGGAAGGAACCCAGAAAAUAAAGCAUACCCACCCUGUGGAGGAAGGAACAAAAAACGGAGAUACGCAAAAAGGGAGUGAACCCCCCGAGGAAAUUAUCAAUAAGGAUUGCGAAGAAGAACCAAGCAAUUUUAUCAACAGCAAACAUACGGCUGAGAGAAAACAAAGCGGAACUCUGGAUGCUUACAUCAUGGGAAAUGAUAAUGCCAAAGAUGGGGGAAGAUCCAACCCUGUAACAUGCAACACCGCAUGUGAAGGAAAAUUUGAAGAUGCUACACAUGCCCAAGUGAUCCACCAGGAUGCCAACAAAAAAGGGAAAUUGUUCCCAAUGGAAAAUGCGCCCAUCUGUAACAUUUCAAACAGAUACAAUGAUGCUAAGAAUACCACCCCCGUUAGAACAGAACAAAACGAACGUUCCAAUUUUUACAACACUUUUAGCGAUACCGAAUGUGGAACGAAUGGAGAAAAAUCACAACAAGAGGUUGGGUGCAGCCAUACAGGAAAAUCUCACCUACAGGAGAAGGAGAGGAACGAACAGGAUUAUUCAUAUUUACAAAAUGGACACUACAAAUCAGCGGAUACUUACUCUGUUUGUGAACCAAAUGGAAGCAAUUCCUCCCACAUCUAUUUUGUUCAAAGCGAAAGUAUAAAAAAAGGCUCUACAUAUGAGAACACGCAUUAUGAGGGGAAAAAUAUGCAAGAGAAAACGGAAAUUCUUCGAACAUCCACUGAAAAUUCAAGGAACAAGGAACUAGAGCACUUUAGCAAGUUUAAUGAAAAGAAUGGCCCAACCUGUGGAGAUUCACCAAGCCGAGAAAGGGAUACAAAACCCAUUCCAGGGAGCGAACAAAUGGAAUCAAAUGAACAACAUAAAGAUUCAACAAUGGACCAAAAGGAGAAUUACGAAAGAGAUGUAAAAAAACAAGGAACUCAAAUGAUUCUCAGAAAUGACAAUUUUGAGGAAAACAAUCAAGGUAGCCAUUUUUUUAUAUCUGAUCAAAGGGAAGGCAUUCCCUCAAAAGGCUUUACAGAAACGGAACAGCUCAUUCUAGAAUACCAUCCUCACUUAAAUGAAGAACUCAAUAGUGAUGAAGAUUCCCCUCCGUUGAACGACAAAAAUAGCUAUUUGCACCAUAUGCAGAAGAUGGUUCUAAUUAAUCCACACGAAAAAAAUAGCAGUUGUGUUACCUUGGAUAUGCCCAGUAGACCCAUACAUGCAACUGAAGUUAGCGAAUUCGAGAGAGAAGACAAAUCCAAUUUGUGUUUCCAACAAAAUGAAAAAGGAGACUACAAACAAUGGAAACAUAAAUUAUAUAAUGAGCAUUUUUACACGAAUAACAAAAUGAAUUAUCUAGAAAGAAACAUCACACCGUGUUGUAGUACCUCCCCAAAGACCAGUGUUAAUUCCAUCCCAAGUGAGUUCACCGAUAAUUUUCACAAGACUAAUCUUCUGGCAGAUUACAACCCGUACAGCAAAUGCACCAACGAUAUUGUAAACAAAAAUGAAUAUUCGCUCAAUUUCGAAAAUAAAAAUAGUGCCUAUCAUAAGACGUCACUUUAUUUUAAAAAUGAUCCUUCAAAUACAACAUGUAUCCAAGUGGAUAAUGGAGAAAAUUACCAGGGGAUAAAUUACCAUAAUCCAUAUUACAUGAACAUGCUACCGAUGAAUAAUGAAAAUGGGAUAGACUUCGUCAACCAAGGGAAGCGCUACGCAAAUAAUGGAAGCCUGCACACCACUUCGAAUACUCUUAUGACCGUAGAUACGGCAAUGGACACGACCGAUUAUAUGCACAGCAUCAAACAUAGCACUCCACAGGGAAGUCCCCACAACACUGAGCGUAGUAGUGAGCAUGACAACCAACAGGGUAACCAACAGGGUAACCAACCGACUGACCAAUCGAUCAACCGACCAACCGAUCAACAAACCGACCAAACGACCGAUCAACGAACCGACCAACAAACCGACCAACGAACCGACCAACGAACCGACCAACAAACCGACCAACAAACCGACCAACAAACCGACCAACGGAGCAAGCCCCUUAACGCCAACGCAGGCGGAAAAGAAGACGCCACCUACUUCCCCCAUCUCAACACCCCCGAACAGGUCAACGAAAACUAUCAGCACAGUUCCUAUAACAUUAUGCCAAGUGAAAGGGAGAUACCGGAAAAACACCCAUUCUACGUUGGCUCAAAUUCCUUGCCUAAAGAGGCCGAUGAAACAAAGUAUACUUCCCCCCUGUGCGAAGGGCAGAAAGAAAAAAUUAUACAAAAGGAAAAUUUCGAGGUUGAUAAAUGUAGACAAGGUAAGAACAUCAUAGUGGGCUCGAAUCAGCAAUACGUCAAUCAUGGUGACGGAGAAAUGACACACAGCGACCAAAAUAUUUACCCCAAUCCUGCAUCUGCCAUGCCAUCUUCCCCCCUUUCUAUAAUCGGUGAAGGUGUGAAUUGUCAGAUUCAACAUGUUAUGGAUACUUCACUUUCUCCAUGUGAAUACGAGUAUAGUAUGCAAAAAAAUACCCAGUACGAUCAACGCGAUUUGUGCGGUGCACAGAAGCAAAAUUACCACCCACCAUACUCUCAAAGUGAUAACCCCAUAAACAGUUACAAUGAUUAUUCGUACGAUGCUCCUACCUACAUGAUGAAUAGCAACGCGAAUGAAUAUUCCAGCACGUUCAGAGUGGGUAGCCUCAGAAAUGCAGACAAUAAUAUUAUGAAGGAAGAUACCUACUAUGGUUGUUUGAACGAGGGGGGGUACCUAAACAUUAAUGAAGCAGGGAGGCAGAGCACAGCGGUGGGUGUGGACACCUUCAUGCAUGUGGACGAAAUGAGACAAAGAGGUUGCGCUACGACACAUGAGAUGGGUUCUAAUCGCUAUGUCGAAAACAUGCCCCAUGAGGAGGAUAUCAAUUUGAAGCACCUGCGAGAUGAUAACAUCACGAUAAACGAAUGCAUAAAUUCUGCUUACGAAAAAGGAGGAAAGCAAGGAAGAAGCGAACAUAAGGAAAGGGAUAAUGGACAAAGCGAAAAGGGUUGCGAACAGAGCGAAAAGGCUAGCGAAGGGGGCAGCGAGCAAAGUGAAAGAACCUUCGAAGAAAACAAAUCGAGCUUCUCCAUGCUAUACCUAUUUGGAAAAGUAAAGUUCAAUAUCAGCAUCAUAGACAUCAUUCAUAACAAAACAAAUUCGCAUGACCUUCUUUGGGUCCCCAGGUGUUGCAAUGGAAGCUACGGAACAUUCUUAAAAAAUAACUACCUAAACGCGAACGAAAUAGAUAAGCACAUACCGGAAGAACACAUCGAUAUCGAUUGCAUAAAUCUCAAGCUUAUGGAAACCAGGUUUAGCAAAAAUGUGGCUAGCUCAAGAACUACCAAAAGGAAAAGGAUGAUUGACAUUGACAAAACAGUUUUGCACUUUUACAAAGAACACAUUAGCGAAUUUUUCAACAAUAAAAAUAAAAUCAUUAGACUGACUAAAAAAUUGUGCAAGUAUAAAAAAAAGAGGAAAUAUAAUAGCAGCGAUGGUGGCAAGGGUACUGGCAAAAGUACCCCCAAGGGUACCACCAACGGUACACCCAAAAGUUCCCGAACGGGCGACGAGGAAAACAACGCCAACCCUUAUGGAACGCCCAAAUGUGGAAUCAGCAAGACGCCCCAUAAAAAUAAAUAUAAGGGAAAAAAAAACGUAAACCGCCAGGAUUCGCUCGGCGAAGACACCAAGGGGGAUCCCAGCAUGGACGGUGAAUAUCCUGCAGAGCGCAGCGAGGAAAACGACGCAACAUGUGACCACCAAAAUGACGCCCUCAAUGAGUCAGACGCUUAUGUGGGCAGUUACUCUCCCAAUUACAUCGAUGACCAGGCGCACGCCAACUAUUAUCACCAACCCAGGGAUGACAACAGAGAUUACUUCCACUGCUACAUGCGGAACCAACUCAGCGCGAACCAAACCCAUCCAGCAAAUGCAGGCGAACACAACUACCUCCUUAACGAAGACGUCACCACAAACAUCAACAGAAACUUAAACAGAAACUUAAACAGAAACGUAAACAGAAACGUAAACAGAAUGGCAAUACAGAAUGACCUGCUCCAAGAGGAGCAAACCUUUAACGAUCCUUUCGCUAAUAACAUGUUAGGCGAUAUGGCAACCCGAAACCUAAGUAGAAAUAACUUUUUUCCAAAUAUAAUGUAUCACAAUUUUAGUGAACCCAGUGAUGUUCUCUCGACACAUUAUCAACAUCAUCAUGAAAUGGGAGCCUAUGCAAACAUGCAUGAGGAGGGUCACCCAAAUGGCAGCGUCCUCAACAGCCUUCCUCCAACCACCUACUACGACCAGCCGACUAGCCAAUAUUUUUUUAACAACAAUCCAAAUGCCUUUAAAUCAAACUAUGCAAAUAAUGCAAGUACACGAAAGGGAAGAAAUCAGAACAAAUCUCAAAUGGGUUCCUUCAACGGUAACAACGCUGACCACGCAAACAACGCUGACCGCGCAAACAACGCUGACCGCUCAAACAACGCAAACAUGCAGAAUGCACUGAACUUAUCGCAGAUACUUGAUGGGAAUAAUCAUUUUAUUAACAUUUCUAACACGUUUAUUAACACAAAAUUUGGUAAAGAGCUUCACCAGACGAACGACCUGUUGGCCAAUCAAAACAAAUUCGAUUUGAAUGUUAUGACUGGCGGGUUAAAUGCGAACCCGUUUACGCAGUAA